AGCUCGCGCAUUUAAAGCAUUCGACCAUCGACCAUCAACCAUGACCCUCGGCGUCGUCUGCUUCGCCCUGCUGCUGCUGCUGGUGGUGGUCGAGUACCGGACGCCGGCAACGAGCACCGCGACAGCGGCGUCGCACUACAUCAAUAACCUCGCAGGCCCGUUCCGACUCGUACUCGACCACAUCGAAGCCUGUCCGGACAGCACUGGCGGUGCCGGUCGCGGUGCCGGUGCUCUGUUCAAGGAGAUAUACUGGCACCGCUAUCACGGCCGCAAGAAUGGCGACCUCCCGUACUACUGGAUCAACGCGACGACCCUCUUGACUGUCGACGACUCGUUACAGCUCGAUUUGAACUGGGCCUCGUGGAGUUCUCGCGGCGGAUGGAAGGAGAACGCAUACGUGAUGAGGCCGGGGUCCUUCUGCAAAGUUGCUUCGUCUCAUGAUCCUGAAUUCUGGCGCAGAUUUAUGACCGCCAUAUUUGACGACCCGAAUCGAAACUGCCCCUUCACUCCAGGAUACUAUGAAUGCACGAAUGUUUCAUCUGAAUUUACUUUUAGAAAGAUUCCUGUAUUUUUCUACGGCACUUGGAGAGUCAACAUCCGUCUGGUUAAGCAAUCCACGCAGAACGGAGUGUUUUGCCUUGUGUUUUUCGUGAAAACCGUGCCUAAAUAGUAGCAAACCAUUAAACGAACGCAUGGAAUGGCUUCAAGCGACAUGGUGAUGCUUGGGCCAACGUUAUAUGCGUCGGUGGCAACGAGGGGUAGCCUACCUCACACACGAAAUCGGUGUACAACCUUCUUAAAAAAAAAUUCUGAAGAAAAAACAGAAGAAAAACGAAACCAUUAAAGAAAAAUCAAUUCAAAGAUCAGAAAAAACACAACUAAAUUUUAUGAAAAACUAAAAAUAAAGAAGAAUGAGAGGGGGGGCACGUUUUCUCCUUCUGGUAGAGACAGUCUUGGGGACUGUCUAAAGAAGUCUAGGCGGGCUGUUGGGUUGGCAACUGUAGUUGUGCACUUGUAGGCGAGCCCUUCCAAGGCAGGCCAGUGCGGCCUGGUGACCGCCUGCCAGGCCACUCGUGUCAUCAUCUUCGAAUGGACCUCUUUCUCUCAGUCGUUUUUAUCAUGAAAAGUAUGGAAUUAUCAGCACCGCAGCACCCUAACAACGUACGCCCCUCUAUCGGGACACUAUAAUUCAUCCUUGUUACAAAUCAUUCAAUAUAAGUCCGAAAUGGCUCGAAAUCGCGAAAUAAAUGCGACUGCGAGUAGGGCAGGGCAACAAAAACACGGAGCUUGCAAAAAGAAUUCGUUGUGGGAACAAAAUAUCCGUUGUUUUAAUCAAGCGUUUGCUGGUAGAACGAAUUCUUAGUUGUGAGAGCGAAUAGAUCGUUGACGAAGUGAAUAAAUCUGAUUGCUGGAACAAAAGAGUUUUUAGUUGAAUCAACGAUCGCCUUCGCUCUCUCAGCAAUGAGUUCGCUGCUCCAACGAAUUUUGCGUUGCAUUAGCGAACACUUGGAUGAGACAACGAAUUAGUUCGUUCUCACAACCCAACAGCGUUAGUGAUUCCUAUAUCAACCCACGUAUGAGUUGGAUGAACUAAUUAUUUUUCUCCGUGAUGACUUUAUUCGCAGUGAGACUGCAAGGACGCUGCACGCUCUAAUACUCUCUCACUCCCACCCUUCCUUUGUGUUUCCAGUGUACAUAAAACGGAUCGAAUGGUGC